AGAGUUGCACUGUUGAGUACCUGAUCAUUGGGGCGCGGAGAAGCUGGACACUCGCACUAGGACGCUGGGAUUGAGGAAGCGGCCGAUUUCCUGCCUCUCCAGCAGAAGGACCGAGUCUCGCCUUCAAGGGAUUCGCUUGCUCCUCACCGAACUGACCCUACGCCGGGCGACAUUCAGCACAGAUUUCUCUUCGCUUCUUUUCCUCCCCCCACCCUCAGCCCGCGCCUUUUUUUUCCCCACUAAAAAAAAAAAACCCAAACCCCUACACCAUAUUGCACUACAUGUUUGGGAAACAAGACAAAAUGGACGUUAGAUGCAAUUCAGAGCUCGAAACCAACCGGCUCUCCAAGAACGGGCAUAAAGAAGGCAAGGAAAGCAAAAGCUCCGAAGGAAAUAUUUCGAAUUCUUUUUUGAAGGAACCGCAAGGGACUUUUUCGGCUUCGGGCGUCCCGGAAGAUUGCAAUAAAAAUAAAUCCAGUUCCGCUGACCCGGAUUAUUGCAGAAGAAUACUAGUCCGAGAUGCCAAAGGCUCCAUCAGGGAGAUUAUUCUUCCAAAAGGGCUUGAUCUCGACCGCCCCAAGAGGACUCGAACUUCUUUCACUGCCGAACAACUUUAUAGGCUUGAGAUGGAAUUCCAGAGGUGCCAAUACGUGGUUGGACGGGAAAGAACUGAGCUGGCCAGGCAGCUCAAUCUCUCAGAAACUCAGGUCAAAGUCUGGUUCCAGAACCGACGCACAAAGCAGAAGAAAGACCAGGGCAAAGACUCGGAGAUGAAGUCGGUGGUGUCCGAGACAGCGGCUACUUGCAGCGUCCUACGGCUGCUCGAGCAAGGACGCCUGCUCUCCCCACCCGGCUUGCCCGGCCUUCUUCCCCCUUGCGCCACCAGCGCCUUGGGCUCGGCCUUGCGAGCACCCAGCCUCGCCAGCCGCACUGGCGGCUCAGGAUCAGGGACCGCGGGCGGCUCUCCGCACCACCCGGCCGUCAGUAGCACAGCCGCCGGGCCGGCUCAUCCCUCUCCGCCCGGCGGCCACAACCUCUUCAGCCUGCCGGUGCCCACCCUGCUGGGCUCGGUGGCCAGCCGGCUCUCCUCCAACCCGUUAGCGAUGGCCGGAUCCCUGGCCGGGAACUUGCAAGAACUGUCGGCCCGGUAUCUGAGCUCCUCUGCCUUCGAGCCCUACUCCCGGACCGCCAAUAAAGAAGGCGCGGAAAAAAAGGCGCUGGACUGACUCUUGGUGA